ACAGAGGGAUCUUUAUAGGUUUUAGAAAGGGAUCGCGACCCCUUGAGAGGAGCAGGUUUCUCAUCUGGAAACACAAAGAGAGUCUUGUCACGGAUCGACGAUUCAAACGAAGUUUCAACGGAAAACAGUACGUGCCACGAUGACGCCAACAACGUUACUACUAUUUUCAUCCUCGAUGAAUUCGAUCAUUCUUCUUUUUCUCGUCGCUCUUACAAACGCCAAUUAUACGGACAUUAAUUUGCCGGCGAGUCAUAUGAGGUACUACUUUCAUUCUUUUCCCACGGUAGCCGAAAAGUGCCGAAACGAUACAUCCUGUCCGUAUAAGGACAGUUUUAAUGCCAAAGCAUGCUGGGGUUACGAGAUCGAAUGUAAAGAAGAAAAUUCCUUUUCCGUUCCCCACUGUCCGGGUGAUCACAAAGGAUGGGUCGCGACGAAAAAGGCGCAAUUAGACACGUUCUAUGCACAAGGAGAUUUUGGCUAUGUACGAGAUCAAAGAAGAGAAAUGAUUAUGAUGUGCGAGCCUCUUUUUGCCGACGACACGUCGUUGGAAUGCUCCGAACAUAUGAGAUUCUGUCGAGCUAGGAACGUAUUAUUAAAUUUCACGGAUCUUCUAUACAGAAAGGAACCUAUAAGAUAUAAAAUGGAUGUUUUGAAGGAAGGCCAAAUCGGUGGUUAUUGCACGCUGAACGAAAGGAAGCUACAAGAACACGCGGAUCAUAUUAGCCCACUACAAUCUUGGGGACCGGAGUUAAGAAAUUUUCGUAGAUUUCAUCGACGUCCGAUCGUUGAAGGCGAUUGCGAUAUCGUUAUAGAAAAACCUACCUACAUAAUGAAAAUAGAUGCCAUAGUAAACAUGUAUCAUCAUUUUUGCGACUUCUUCAAUCUGUACGCCUCGUUGCACGUCAAUCUUUCGCAUCCAACCGCUUUCAGUACGGACAAUCAUAUAAUGAUUUGGGAAAGUUACAGUUAUCGAUCGGCCUUUCAAGAUACGUUCGAAGCUUUCACGAGCAAUCCACUGUGGGAUCUAAAAACGUUCCGCGGUGAAACAGUUUGCUUCCGGAAUCUCGUAUUUCCCUUACUACCGCGAAUGAUAUUUGGACUUUAUUACAACACGCCUCUCAUUUAUGGCUGCGAGAAGAGUGGUUUGUUUAAAGCUUUUGGAGAUCACGUAUUACACAGACUCAAAAUACCUCUGCUCCAAAGAAAAAAUGAGAAAAUACGUGUAACCCUACUCAGCAGAGAUACUCAAUAUAGGAAAAUAUUAAACGAGGAAGAAUUGGUACAAGCUUUGAAAGAAAACAAAGAAUACGAAGUUCGAAAGGUGGUUUAUAAUAAGAAAGUAUCUUUUAAAAAACAACUUCAAAUCACAAGAAAUACCGAUAUAUUCAUCGGUAUACACGGAGCGGGACUAACUCAUCUAUUGUUUCUACCUGACUGGGCUGCCGUUUUUGAGAUAUACAAUUGCGAGGAUCCCAGCUGUUACAAAGAUCUUGCGAGAUUACGUGGUGUUAAAUAUUUUACGUGGGAAGACAAUUCUAAAUUAAUUCAACAAGAUCCUGGUACACAUCCCGACGGUGGUGCUCAUGCCAAAUUUACGAAUUAUCAUUUUGAGGUUAAAGAGUUCCUACGUAUUGUUUCUCUGGCUAGUACACACGUGAAACAUCAUAACGCUUUCAAAGAUUUCUUAAAUAACAAUAUGAUUCAAAAAGAAAAAAUACAUAGUAAAACGAAGAAGAAAGAUAAUAAAGUACUCGAAACGUCGGAGGAGGAGAGAGUGUCUAAUGUACAACAUAAACGUUAUACCCAAUCUAAGGACGAAUUAUGACGAAUUUAGGAAGAUAAAUUUCUUAAUGAAAGAAAAAAGAAAAAAUACUAAACAACGGGUAUAUCGUCGUCGAACACUGUAAUUACAAAUACACAGAGGAAACGCUUCGUUACCAGUUAAAACUAUUUUACUUAUUUUUUAUACCGAUGUACAUACAUAUUUGUUUUGAUAAAAAAGAAAUAAAUAUGAGACGUUUCUCGAUA